CAUCUAGGUGACGAGUUUCGUUCUUUUCUUAACCUCAUAUUGGUCAUCAGUAACGCGUUUGUACAGCCAAAACAUUCACAAUGGUUGCGCAAAAAAAACAAAAAAAAGCUAUGGAGAGCAUUAACUCCAGGCUUGCCUUAGUCAUGAAAUCAGGAAAAUAUGUCCUUGGCUAUAAACAGACAUUGAAAUCCCUCAGGCAGGGUAAAGCGAAGCUGGUGAUAAUUGCGAACAACACUCCUCCUCUUAGGAAAUCGGAGAUAGAAUAUUAUGCUAUGUUAGCAAAAACUGGAGUCCACCAUUACACGGGAAACAACAUUGAACUCGGUACUGCAUGUGGUAAAUAUUUCCGAGUAUGCACAUUAUCCAUUACCGAUCCUGGAAACUCAGAUAUCAUCAAGUCAAUGCCAACUGGUGAUCAGGCAUAAUUUUUUCUACAUGCUUACUUAUAUUUAUGUAUAAAUAAGUAAAAAAUAAAAUUCAUAAAAAAAGAAAA